AUGCCGGUUCUUUCAACCCUCAACUUGGACAACAACCAGUUAUCCGGUGUGGUGCCCACUGCUUUGCUAUCUAACACGGGGCUAAACAUCUUGAACUUGAGCCGUAACUCGUUGGAGGGAAAUCUGCCCGACGUUUUUGGCCCGAAAACGUAUUUUACGGCCAUCGACUUAUCCUACAACCAGUUGAGGGGUUCGAUUCCAAAGUCAUUGUCGUCGGCUAAGUAUAUCGGGCACUUGGAUUUGAGCCACAACCAUCUUUGUGGGCCCAUCCCAAAAGGCUCGCCGUUUGAUCAUCUUGAGGCCGCCUCGUUCGCCAACAACGAUUGCUUGUGUGGGAUGCCGUUGCAAACAUGUUAA